AACGGACACAAUUUACAUGAACAACAGGUUGUUUACACCGGAAGUGUGGGUCCUUAAUAGGAAAUAGUUGAGUUCGGCAAGCGUUUGUCGUCUACCCUUUUAAAUGAACGUGAACAAACAGGAAGAGUCACUCAUUUAACGCGCACGUUUCUUUACGAUGUGUUUACGAGUUACUGAAUAAUGUUGGUCGGCUACAGUAGCAGUUCGGAGGAUGAAUCGGAAGCUGGUGGUGAACAUACAGACGUGACUGAUUAUUCUAAAAGGCGUACUCGACAGGACACUGAUGACGAUGAUUGUCCAAAGACGAAGAAGCAUAAAAGUGACCAAGUGUAUCCUACAAGGAGGCUGCCUAUCCCUGGUUGUUUGCUCGCCAUGUUUCCGGACGACGUGGAACCACAGACUGAAGACAGCUCUCUGCACGAGGGCCGUGUUCGCUCUUUUAAACACGAGAGAGGAAACUGGGCCACCUAUGUUUAUUUUCCAUACCAACCUGAAGAGAAGUUUGAAGAGAUGAUGGAAGCGCUUCUGUCGACAGCGGCUACCUUUGGUGUGGUUUUGACCCAGCAGGAGGAGCUCCAUCUUAGCCUCUCUCAGACGGUGGUGCUGAGACACCAUUGGAUCCAGCCCUUCACACAGAACCUCAAAGCCGGCCUGGCACGCUGCAAAAGAUUUGUGUGCUCAGCGGGUAGACUUAAGGUUUAUUGUAAUGCAGAGAAGACAAGGACUUUCCUUGGGAUGGAAGUACUAAAUGGGCAUAAACAGUUGCUGGAUGUAGUCCAAGUCAUUGAUAAAGCAAUGACAGAGUUUCACCUGGAUACUUUUUAUCAGGAUCCAUCUUUCCAUGUUAGCCUGGCCUGGUGUGUUGGAGACUUCACUUCGCAAUUGAGGCAGUGCCUUCAGGAGCUUCAGAAUGUGGUUGAUAAUCAUGAAGAGGGGCCGUAUCAUCUGUGGCUGGACUGUGCAGAACUGCGCUGCCGCACAGGGAACAAGACUUUCCGAUUUCCUCUGGGUCCUUAAAAGCAGCACCAAGGACGACCGUAGACGAGUUUUGCAUUGGAGCUGCAACAAUUCAUCAAUGAUUGUUAGAUUAUCCAAUGAAUUGACAACUAUUUUGGUAUUCAUGUUUUUU